CGUUUGUGCUGAACUUAGUGGCGACACUGGUGUCUCUACGGCAGCGGCAGCAGCAGCGUGUGUUGCCUCAGCAGCGAGUCACCAUGGCGACAGGAAUAGCCGUGGCUCUUGUGUUCAUCGGAUGCUGUAGCAAUGUGGUGUCUCUGGAGCUGCUUGUAAGAGAGUUUCCAGGAUGCGGCAACAUUGUCACCUUUGCUCAGUUUUUAUUAAUCGCAUUAGAAGGUUUCAUCUUUGAAACAAACUUUGGGAGGAAGAAACCAACAAUUCCUAUCAGUAACUAUGUGAUCAUGGUGACAAUGUUCUUCACAGUCAGUGUGAUCAACAAUUAUGCUCUCAACUUCAACAUUGCCAUGCCACUGCACAUGAUCUUCAGAUCGGGAUCACUAAUCGCCAACAUGAUCCUGGGAAUAAUCAUCCUGAAGAAAAGGUAUUCAACCAGCAAAUAUCUGUCUAUAGUUUUAGUUUCAGCUGGUAUCUUCAUCUGCACCAUCAUGUCUGCCAAACAAGUGAAUGUGGCCAGUGAGGGAUCAGAAGACGGAUUCUAUGUCCUCAUGCGAUGGCUUAUUGGUAUCUCCAUGUUGACAUUUGCUCUCCUGAUGUCUGCGAGAAUGGGCAUUUUCCAGGAGACACUUUACAAGCAGUAUGGCAAACAUUCCAAAGAGGCUCUCUUCUAUAAUCACUGCUUGCCACUGCCAGGCUUCCUGCUUUUCGCCACAGACAUCUAUCGCCACUGUGACCUCUUCACUCAGAGCGCUCCUGUCGUCAUCCCUGUGUUUGGACUGACCAUGCCAAUAAUGUGGUUCUACCUGCUGAUCAACGUCAUCACACAAUACGUCUGCAUCCGGGGUGUUUUCAUUCUGACCACAGAGUGCACCUCACUCACAGUCACCCUGGUCGUGACGCUGAGAAAAUUCCUCAGCCUCAUCUUCUCCAUCAUUUACUUCCAAAAUCCCUUCACGACCUGGCAUUGGGUGGGCACGGCAGUGGUCUUUCUGGGUACGCUGCUGUACACAGAGGUACUGAGCAGCAUAUGGACAGCUCUGCGUGGACCUGCCAUCAAGGACAAGAAGGCUGAGUGAAGAAGAUUAGAAUAGAAAAGCAGCAAUUCUGAUGGCUUGACAGAUUUUGGACGACUACCCUGCAAAGAUUUUUAUUGGUUUAAGUCAAACUUUUGAUCACAUAUUAUUGGUUUGCAUUAAUAUUGUAUGCUUUGGUUACCGACAUUUUAUUACGCCACCUCUCAACCUGUCUGACAUGUUGUCUGGUGCCUGCUGAAGACAUGGUUAGUCUUAAAAGCAGCUGAAUUUGCGGUAAAUCCAGAGAAUGAAAGGUUUAUAUUACACUCCAGAGCACUGCAGCCCAGUGCGUCUCUUUUGCUCCUCUACCAUGACAACAGUGUGCAAUAGUAGGUCACUUUAAUUUAGACAUUUUUCUACUGGCUCCCAGCACAAGAAUUUUGUAGAAAUGCAUUGUCUCCAGGCUGACAUUACCCAUCCUCCAGUAAGCAGAUGGUUGAUGGAAACCUGUCAUUUGGCUGUUUCUACAUCUGCACAUUUCAUUACCAGCCACUGGUCAGUCAGUCAGUCAUCAUCUACUGCUUUAUCCUCCACCAGAGGGUCGCGGGGGGUGCUGUGCCAAUCUCAGCUACAUCGGGCGAUAGGCGGGCGAUAGACAGUUCGCCAGUCCAUCGCAGGGUCACACACAACUAGAGACAAACAACCAUUCACUCUCACGCUCACUCCUACGGUCAAUUUAGAGUGUCCAAUUCACCUAUUCCCCACAUUGCAUGUUUUUGGACUGUGGGAGGAAGCCGGAGAACCCGGAGAGAACCCACGCACACACGGGGAGAACAUGCAAACUCCAUGCAGAAAGGCCCUUGUUCCAACCGGGGCUCGAACCCGGGUCUUCUCGCUGCAAGGCGAGAGUGCUAACCACUACUCCACCGUGUGGACCCCAGCCAGCCACUGGUGUCACCAAUAAAUAUGGAUUUCUGAAUGUUACAUUUAAGACCUUUUAAAUAAGUCACUAUUUUAAAUUAGCCGGUUUUUGUUAUCUUUUUAAAAACUUGAGUAUUUUUAGGAUUUUUAAAGGUUUACAAACAAAACAAGACUUUUGUUGUCAUCAAUAUGUGCCCAGUGAUAAUUGUGAUGGGCUUUGUUAUCCGAUUAAUUAAUUAAUUUUCCAUUUCCAAUCAUCUGGAUGCUGGAUUUAGUUGAUUAAAAGGAAGAAUGUGAACUUACAUAUUGAUAUAAAAGUGAGCUGUAGGACAAUGUUCUGUUUGUGGGUUUGACUCGGUCCAAGUUAUAGAGCUGAUGUUUUGUGUGUAUAGCUCAAUGAUACAUUAGUCAUAUCAAUCAAUGUUUGGUCUGUUCAUGUAAAUCUGUUAUGUGUAGUGAUCAUUUUCGCUAUACAGAUUUCACGUUGGUACCUUAUUCGCCUGUAUAAAUGCAAAACCACGAUGAACCACAAUUCACCUUUUCUUGUCUGCAUUGUAUGGAUGUUUAUUAUUUACCUCAUACAUUGAGUGGAUCAGUGGGUUUACACUGAACACAGUGAUGGAGCUAGAAUCAGGAUUGUUGAGCUACAUAUCAUCUGUAGAGAUCAUGUAGCUGCUGCAUCUUAUUUCUCAUGUGUCUCAGGUUAACUGGACCAGUGUUUGCCAACAUGUAGAAACAUGCUCAGGAUGUUUACUUACUAAUCACUCAAAUUAAAAUGACAACAUAGCUA